CAUAAACCUCAACUAAGUAGAAGCAAAUCAGCAAGCUAUGAAGGAAAACAGUUUUCCCCCCGCAUAGAAUCGAUGAGCACGAGAAGCCAGCCAUUGCGCUUCGCAGGUGGAAGGAAACGCCAUCCACACAUUUGGUGAUUCAAACCUCUACCACGCAACUCAGACGAUAGAAGUUUUGCCAUUUUCUCACGGACUUUUGCUCGCAAAAGACCUUCAUCAACGAAGUAGGUACAGAUUGUACGGCUUAUCGUAAUUCAUUCCAAAGUUCUACAAGAACCAACAAGGAACAGACGAUAUUCGGGGUAGAAAUUCUGAAUGCUGCACUAGUAAUACGGGUCACGUGAUACUUCUCUUCUCACAGAUAGGUGGAUGGUUGGAAUGAGUCGUGUUUUUCCAGCAGUUGUCCGGAUAUCGCUGAAGACGCUGGUGUACGCGGAUUCCCUGUGAAGUAAUCGAAGCGGUAAGAUCAAUUAGCGGAUUGUUCCAUGCUUCGAGUUUGAAUGUUUACUUCGUAAUUUGUAUUUGACAACUGUUCUAAUUUUAUGAACCCUGCUUUUUAAAGAAUGUUUGCAUACUAAUUAAAUUCAUCAUGAUCUUGAAGUCACUUGCCAAACAUUGUAAAUUAUUGAAAGUAACUGAUUAUUUUGAAUUUUCUGCAUGUUUUCUGUGAAUUAUCAUAAAUUGAUCUCUCAUCUAAUGAUAUUUGUGUGAUGAGCAUGCUGUUUUCUUCACUAUGCCUGGUAUAGGAAGAUAUCCAUGUACCUCCUGUCAUUAUGUUGCUGGCAACCGUCGCAUGUUAGCUAGGCAUGUUGUUUUAAUUCACUCAGAAAAAGCAUUCAAAUGUCCUCUUUGCCCUUUUAUAACUCGUUAUGCUGCCAAUUGGUAUAGGCAUAAGCGAGAUUUACAUGGGCUUACUAAAAUAACAAAUUGUGAAAUUUGUGGUUUUUUUGCCAACAGCACCACCGAGCUAGCUCAACAUAAGGAGUCGAGGCAUCCCGAGCAUCUUCAUCUCGAUAAAUAUGAAGAUAAAUAUGCCAAGGAGAAACAAAGGCUGAGUGGAGAUAUUAAUAAAGACUCUGCUGUAGUAGCUACAGAAGAAGAAGAAGUUGUUAAUAAACUAGAGCCAGAUAACAAUAUCAUUGAUAUAUAUGAUAUCAAAACUGAAGAAGAGACAGAGUCUGUUACAUUUUCUCUUCCAGCAAAUGGCCUUCUGGACACUUCUUUAGAAGAGCCAAUUGCAAAUGGGCACAGUGAAGAAACAUCUACUGGUAGUCUGGCUAUGAAUGAUGUGGUCUCUAGCUCACCUGUCUGCAAUUUAGGUCCUCUUAAAGUAAAACGAAGCUAUAGUUGUGAUCAAUGUGGUUUAUUGACUGGUAACCCCAGGGAAUAUUUGCAUCACCUCCGUAAUGUUCAUGGGGAAAAAAUAAAUAUCUUUGAAUGUAAAUAUUGCAUUUAUGCAUCCAAACACGUACAAAAGUUGCAUAGACAUUGCAAUCUUGUUCAUCGCCAAUUACUCGAAAAGGACCCAGACUACAAAAAACAUUUGGAGGCCACCAAAAAAUCUAAACCAGAUAUGUUUAACCUUGGUUUACCGUCUCAAAAUAUCACAGUAGCAAACAGUCACAAUUCUUCUUCUAAAAAACCCCUUCAGAAAAAAACUCAAGUAUUUUUUAACUGUUCUGCCUGUGAUUAUAGAACACGCAAUAAAGCUUUUCUGUUGCACCACGAAAAAACAGCUCAUUUGAAAAAGAGAUUCUAUAGAUGCCUUCAAUGUGGUUACGUUACUAAUGAAAAAGGUCGAUACACCAAGCAUAUAAAAUAUCACAGUUUGCCCAAAAUGCAGUGCGAAUUUUGUUUUUUCAAAACUGCCUAUAAGUGGAAUAUGGACAGGCAUAUGAAGAAUCACGAAGAGGGCGCACAAGGUGCCUUUCGUUGUACUGAAUGUAACUUUACUACCUCAACUCGCCAAUCUUUUAAGUCACAUAUCACUCAUCACCACAAUGCUAAUGGGGUCGAAGAAGAGGAAUACGAAGAUGAAAAUGCACCAAAUGAUUCAGUUGAGUGGGAAGAUGUUGAUGUCGUUGGAAUGGAUGAGGACGAUGAUGAUUAUAUGGCAAUGAAUGAAAACAAUGAAUCGUACGACUUUUCGGAAUCAGGAGAAACUGGAACUUCCUAUAAAAAUGAUAAAGUUUAUCAAAAAUCUUUAAAGUGUAAAAGCUGCGAUUACAAAGCAACAUGGCCUUUUGAGUUGAAAAAGCACGAAGAGACUCAUCGUCAUCAAAAGAAACACCCAUGUCCUUUAUGUGGUAUGCGUUUCGAGCAUCUCGCUUGGUUGUCUAAGCAUUUGCGUCGUGUUCAUCAAGAAAACUCGCAAGCUGGCAGCUUUGCUGCUGCUUAUGACUUAAUGAAGCCUAAUCGCAGAAGGCCAGCCAUUAAAGAGCCUACUGCCGAAGCUGUAUUGCCUAUUUAUCAACAAGUUCUGAAACAAAAUGUCACCAAUAAGCCUCCCAUGCAAACAAAUCAAAAUUCUAUGCUAUCAACAUUGUUAAAUAAGCCACUAAAUCCACCGGUGCCUUCUUCAGUUCCCAAUUCAUCUGUCAAUAAAUAUUUAUUUAAAUCUAAGGCUUUUGCUUCAUCAACUAAUAUGUCGAGACACUUGAGAGUAUCAAGCUAUAAUGAUAAACCUCAAACUACUGAUUCUGUAACUAUAACAGUUGCUAAACCAAGUAAGUCUGUACCCACAUGCAAUGUUUGUGGUUAUAAAACAAGAUGGCUAUCAGAGUUACAAAGGCAUAUGCGUGUACAUUCCCAAGAAAAGCCUUUUCAUUGUCAUAAAUGUAAAUAUCAUUGCAAAUGGAAAGGUGAUCUUAAUCGUCACCUUAUGAAAUAUCAUGGCAUUAAAGUCCCUUCUGCGAACAAAAAGUAUAAUGUGUCUAAAUUUAAAAAUUCUUCUGAACAAGAUAAUGUUAAAAGUUGGCAAGAUCUUGGCCCAGAAAUUGAAAUAACUCAAAUUGCAUCGUCAACACCUCUGCGCAGAUCGGCAGAAGAGAGUCCUUUGGAUUUGACAACUAAGGAUUCAUUUUCGAGUCAGUGUACCAGUUCAGAUUUGUAUGACCCUUAUGAUUUUGAAAACUUUUCUGUUAAUGACUCGAACCUAGAUCCUGUUAUUGAUGUUGAGUCUGAAGAAGCUAAUGCUGGUAUGGACUUGGGAUCUUACAAGUCACCUUUGCAGCAAAUGAGUGAGCAAUCUGUCCCAGGAGAAGCUCCAAACACUAAGCGUAAAUAUCAAUGUCCAUUUUGUGAUUUUGGCACCACCACUGCAUCAAGGUUCCAUGUUCAUAUCGUGCAACAUUUUAAUCGCCGGCCUUUCAUGUGUUCAGUUUGCAAUCACAGUUCCAAUUGGGAAUGGGAUAUUACUAAACACAUUCGCUUGAAAGGAUGUCGUGAUAAAUUCAACAAUAAAGCUUGUGUGCUUUUAACAGAUGAAAGUGGCAGAAGAAAUUAUGAAAAAUAUGAGAAAUACCUUGUUGAUAUUAAUUAUCAGCCAACAUCAGCUAGAGCUGUUGUCCCAAAAUUCUCUGAGCCUAGCACUCUGCCAGAGCCUGAAGCAACGCGAAACAUGUCUAGGACUUCUUAUAUGGAACCGUCUCCUCCCAAAAGUUGCACCUAUGAUUUCAGGAACAUCGGGUCUAACUUUGAAGAUUCGAGAAAUGUUAAUUCUAACUUGGAGGAAACGAGAAAUCUAAGUUCUAGCUUUGAAGAUGCACCAGAAAAUAUUGUUGUUACUCCUGAUAUAAAUAUACCAGAUCAGUCUGAAGUUCUGGGUUCUGCAGCAGAAUAUCUUUACGGCAAUCAAUACAGCAUGCUAGGAACUCCUCCCUCAAAAUCAACAGAUUCAAAAAUGUUUACUUGUAAACAUUGUGACUUCAAACAUGCAACAAAAAGAGUUGUGGUGAGUCAUUUGUCUCUCCACGCUGGUAUAAAACCAUUCCGAUGUCGUGCGUGUGGAAUAUCUUCCAAUUGGAGGCACGUCAUUGUGAGGCAUGUUAAAGAUUCUCACAAUGGUUAUAUGAAUGAAGUGGAAGAUAGAAUUAAUUAUGUCCAAGAGGGUCAUUCCUUGCGACUUGCUGGCACAGGCUCCAACAUUAAAGAAGCUUUUAAACCUAAUCAGGAAAGGAACCAAAAUAAUCAAAGACAAUUUUUUGAGUGCAAAGUAUGUCCUUAUAGAUGUGAUAAAGAGUUCUACAUGAAAUUCCAUAUGAAACAACAUAGACCUAGGGAGGGUGCAGUUUUCAAGUGUGAUUACUGUCCUUAUUACGUGAAAUUCAAGAAAACACUGGUAAGACAUUUGAAACUUCAUGAUGGCACAGCGACAGGCAAUAACGCUUUUGAUGAAAGUCCCGAAUAUUCAAAUUCAAAUAGCUGUGAAACUGAAAAUCUAUCUCUGGAUAAUGAUGUAAGUGACGUAUAUGACUUUUAUUCAUCUCAAGCAAAUGAUUCAGCUGAUGAUUCCAUAGCUAUAUCGUUUGAUACUCUCAAUCAAUAUAGUACUUCAGAAUCUAGCUCUCCUCAAAAGACAAAGCGUCAUGUAUGUGAGGGUUGCCCUUAUAAAACUGACAAUAAAACGCAAUAUUUAUACCACAAACAAUUUCACAGACCUAAUCCCACUGCUCCAUUUAAAUGCACUGUUUGUUCUUACUGGGCAACUAUGCAACAUUUAUUAACUCAACAUAUGAAAGUUCAUGAACCUGGCAAUGAAUCCGAAAAUUCUAGUCCUCGUCAGAGGCAGUCAAAACCUACCCCUGAGAAGACUAGGUUGGAAGAUGAGGACGAAGGUUAUGAUAAAAUGUCCGUCGUUUACGUGAAACGUGGUGACUUAAUUGUAAAAAUGUUUAAAUGUGGUUAUUGCCCUAUGAUGAAUAAAAAGAAGGCAAAUGUUAGGGUUCAUCAAAAGAUGCAUGGUGUGAUAGUCAAUAAUGGUAAGUUUGCUUGCUCUUACUGUGAUUAUCAAUGUCUGAAUCAAGGCGGUCUUACAAAUCAUCUAAAGAUACAUCAAAAAAUAUCAGAAAAAUUAACUAUCAUUGAAGAACAUGGAAUGGAAUACGAGACAACUCGUAAAAGACCUUCAGAUGUUGUUGAAGAAGACGGCGUAGUUAUAAAGAAGAAGAUUUUCAGCUAUUUCUGUAUGAAGUGCCCUGCUCAAUUCAAGAGUUCAAAUGAUUUAGAUAUCCAUAUGAAGUUCCACGGUGCUUCAUUUCCUUUCCCGUGUACGCAAUGUGAUUAUAGAGCAAAGCAUAAACCUCAUUUGUUAAAACACAUGACUGUCCAUUCCGCAGAGUACGUUGCUAGCAGAAAUUCCUCACAAAAUCCUGCCCCAGAUUGUACACCUGCUAACGAUUCUGUUAAUAUUUCAAUUGUAAAGAAAAUCGAUCAAAUGCUUCUUCUUGAGGUAUCAGAAUUGAAUACUGCUCUGAAGAAAACGGGUCAUGCUGUGAGUAAUCUGCACAGGUGUGUACUAUGCCCAGCCGUCUUCAUUAAAAGUGCUACUUUAGUUUACCAUGUAUCACUCCACGGAAGUGAUGGGCAGUUCAAGUGUUCACAGUGCGAUUAUGCUGUGAAUCGUGCUCCGAAUCUUACGACUCACAUGCUUGUUCACCCCAAGAAAACACCAGUUAAGAAGCCUCCUCCCGCUAAGAGAGCACCCCUAAAAAUAUUUCCCUGUCCAAAAUGCCCUGCGGUGUUUUACAAGCAAGAUCGAUAUGAUAGACAUUUCAGUCUCCAUGGCAGGAACUGGAAAUUUGUGUGCGAGCAUUGUGAUUAUUCUGUGAGGUUUGCAGCUAAUUUGAUCAAACACAAACGACUUCAUCUCCCCAAGGCAGAUUCAGAAAAUGCUACACCAGUUCCUGGAAUUGAAAAUACGACUUCUCCUAUCUUGCAUGCAGCACAUCCGUUAUCUGAAAAUGUCAAUAUUCCCGACUUAGAAGAGAAGAAAUUAAUAUACCUCUGUGAUAGAUGUCCCUAUUCCCAGGCACGUCGAGACGCUGUGCAGAGUCACAUGAGGCGACAUUGGCUUCGAGACGGCUUUAAGUGCCCCUAUUGUGAUUAUAGCUCUAUGCAAAGCGGGUUCUUGCAGACCCACAUCAAGAUGCACAUCCAACCCAAUCAGCUCUUUCCUGCCCAAUGCUUCAUGAAGUAUGAAUCAUUUAAAAUAUGGUCCAAAGGUGAAAACGGUGAGGAUAUUAUUUUGUUUGACGAUGAAGAAAUGGCCGAUGAUCUUCCCGAUUCUGAUGAAGAAGAAGAGGAAACCAGCUCUAAGAGGUCUGCUGAGGAGGACAUUUCUGAACCGAGAAAAAUAAGAAGGCUGUCAUGUGAUUCUUCGACAAAUGACUCAAACUGUUUUGAUAGUAAAACUAAAGUGCCUGUAGUAGUUUUAUCUGAUAUUUUUAGUAGAAAAGAUAAGGAUAGUAAAAAAUGGGUUCCUAAGCUCAAGAUUCCUAAGUUAAAAAUUACAAAAUCGUCUUCAAAUGAAAAAAUGUAUACUAAAAUUAACAUAUCUGAUUAUGAAGACGUCGGUUCCUCAAAUGUCACUUACAAAGCGAAACCCAGCCUCGUUGUGAAAAUAAGUAAAGUGGAAGGCUUGAAGAAUCAUGACAAAGCUAUGUAUAGCAUAUCAACUAAGUCAUCUGAUAACACAUACAGCUCUCCUAAUAUAUCCCAAACCGUAGAAAACAAUUCAAGUGCAAACUUUUGCAAUUCUGAUUCAUCAGUGCAAACUGCCACAAAUAACUCACUCGAUAGCAAAAAUACCAAAGACUUAUUCAUAAACUUGAACACAAAGACGACUGAUAAAAGUUGCAAAAAUGAACCUGCUAAAGAUGUUAACACUGGUCACAAUGGUGAGUUGACCACUUUAUUGACAAAGGAUGUUGAUAAUCCUUCUAAAUCAGAUAAAAAUUUUCUUCCUGACAAAGUUCCUUCUAAAGAAUUAUCUAAAGACAAUUUCAGCGUUCUGAGUGACUUCACUAUUGACAAAGAAAUACCCAUGUCUAAACUCCCAAUCGGUUCAUCACAAUUACCUAAUGGUCUUUCCGUAUUACCAGAGGAAAUAAAAGUUGAUUUAUAAUGUGAAAAUUAUCACUUUUUAUCUAUAAUUUUAACUGCUAGUGAAUAUGUUGUAAAUAUUAUCUGUAUUACAUUUAAAUGUUUUUAUGUGUAUGAUUGUGCUUUAUAAAUUAACUGGUUUGCAUUUUUCAUAAAAAUUAACUAGUAGCUUUAUUUAAACAAAGUAGGUAUUUACUGAGAAGUCAAGUUGUUUUUUUAAACAAAUAUUAAUUUUAAUAUCCUCAAGUUUAGUUAAAAUGUAUGUUUCUAGUCAUUCAUUUUUAUUAAUAAUUGCAGAAAUAUAUUUAUUUUUUACACAGUAAUGCAAACUAGUUAUUGAAAAGAGUUUAAAGCAAAUAACAGUGAUAAACCUAAACUUUCAUUACGUUUGUAUUGUUUUAAGACCUUACAAAAGAUGUAGUGUUAUGUAUUUAACUUUGUCUAUUUUCACAUUCCAUUCAUAAAGUUUUGUUAUUAAAAAAUUAUAUUUUAUAAAAUAAUUUGAUGAAAGCUAAAUUAAAUUUAAUCUGCUGUAAUAUUUAAAAUGAUAUUUGUCUUUUGUUAUUAUGGAUUUACAUAAGUGUUUAGUUUUUAAUUGUAUCAAUUUUCUUGCACUAAUUUAUUUAUGAUUAAGCCUAUUUAUAUUUUUAUCAUUUGUAUUUAUGUGUUGUUUAUCAUCAUUUCUUGUAUUCAUUUGAUUUAACCCUCCAAGUGUUAAGCCCAUGGGUAAAAGUGUGCAGAAAUUUUGCUGCUACUCAAUAUUCUCCCAUACAAUAACAUGGAGAAACCAGGUUUUUUGACCCAGGAAAGCCUACAAAGUUCAGAUAAAUUCAGGACUAACACUCGGAGGGUUAAUAGAUUUAUUUGUAUAGACUAGUUUGAGGCCUGCCAUAAAAUAUGUUACUAUGUAUCUCUUUAAACUUUAUUUAUUUAUUUUUAAAUCCCAUAUUUUAAUAUUGAAUGUUAGUGUGAAAAUUUUUUCAUGUUUCAAUUUCUAAAUAAUCUAAAAAUUUUGCAUUAAGAUAAUUUGAUAAUCAGAUCAAAAUUAAUAAUCUGUCUAAAUUUCUUUGAUAAAUGUGAUAUUUUUUUCCCCAAUGUUAUAGAUAUUUCAUAAUUUUUUCAAAAUAUUAAAUCUAAUCUAAUUUUAUUUAAAAGCUUAAUUAAAAUAAAUAAAAAUCUUUUGAAAAAGUAUUUCUGAAAAUUAUUUUCCAAUUUUGCUGUUAGAACGAAAAAAUUAUUGAAAAGUGGGAUGUGUCAUUAGAUGCAAUAUUAAAGUUGAUUCACUGCCAUGAAAUAAAACUAAGAAAAGGAAAUUGAAGCCAUUCUACUAAUUGUCAAUGAACGAUUAUUCAAGUACAAAAGUAAUCAGUAAAGUUUGUAACAACUCAUUUACAGUGCUAGACAUAUUUAAGUACAAGUUAUUGGGUAUAGUAACACAAACCAUAGCUUAAAAUUUGCUUUUUUUUUAAAAAAAAUUUUUUAAUAAUUAGUUUAUUUCAACAGUUUUUUAUUCUAUACUUUUAUUCUGAUAGUUUUAGGUUUUUUCUAAAACACAUAUAUUGCAGGUUAGCUUUUAGAACAGUAACUACUUCAACAACAAAUUCUCUAUUAUAAAUGAUUAUUUGUAUUCUAACAAACAUGGUAUUUUCAAUUAUUAAUUUUUUGAUUGAUAUUUAUAAUUUCUUUAUUAAUUAAUUCAGAAAUGAUAUUAAAAAUACUUCAAAUUUUCUGAACUUGCUGUAAUUCUUUUUUUUUUUUAUUAUUAUUAUUUUUUUUCCUUUGAAUAUCUCCCAUGAUGAUUGAUGUACUUUUACACUUAUAUUAAUAUUUUUAUUCGAAUAAUUAUAUUUUAAUUGACUGGUAUUCAAUCAUUUUUUACUGUCAUUUUUUUUUUAUUAUUAUUUUAAAGUUUUAAUCUAUGCUGGUAGUUAAUUACGCUAUAAAAAAUUGAGCUUUUGCACUAACUACACCAUUGUUGUUUACAUUUCCUUAUGUGAACUUAUAUAUUUCAAGUAUGUUGUAUUUUCAAAUACUUUUGAAUUAAUCAGUUUUUAAACAAUAUUUAUGAUAAAAGUUUUUUUAACAUAUGGUCCAGUAAUAUUGAUUUUGAAAAUUAACUUAUCAAAAAUUUAUUAAUUUUGUGCAAAUUACAAUGUUUAUUUGUAUGCAUAUACUUGUAGCUUAGGAAGAAUAAAUUUUGACUGAAUCGUUUGAUAGACUAAAAAAAAAUUAUACUGAAUUAAAUUUUAUUACUACUACAAAAUUUGCAAUUUUGUAAACAUAAGAUUUUAAAUUUGUAUUACUAAUGUUAUGAUACAUGUUUUGAUGACAUUAGUAGUUUACAACUGCAUUUACUACAUAACGAUUUUAUUUGUAACGAAAUGGACCUGUGGUUAUAAAUUGUUUUCAAAACGUUCUUAAUGGUACGAAUAAAAAAAAUAGUUUUAGAUUGAUAAUUAAUUGAUUGUAAAGAUAACUAUGCAAAAUGUUUUUUGUACAUAAUACCAAAGAUCUGUUGUGCAAGUCAGUCUGAUGCAUCAGUAUUGAAUCACUUCAAAAUCUAUUAUUUUUGUAUUUCAAAAUGUGAAUAAAGUCAUUUAAUACAAUA